UUGUCUGUAUAUUAAGUGAUCUAAAGUUCAAUGCUGUCAUAAACUCAUGUAAAUUUAGAGAAGGGGUAGUAUACACAUUUCCCAGUGUGCACGGGCAUGCUUAUUUGUUGUCACUCCGUAAACGGGGAAAGAACUGGAGUUGAAAAGACUACGAAGUUGACGCGUAAGAUUUUCAGGUUGAGGGGCGUCUUUUUCGGCUUGUCCUGGUUGGGAAUUACAAGUUGCGACCUCGAGUCGAAAGCAGCAUUAUAUUACACGUUACUGACAUACGAUAAAAUGUUAAGGUUAAAAUAGUUCUAAAUUAUAAAUCUUCCCCCAUAUUGGUAACCCGCAGCAUUAAAAAAAAAGUCAUAAGUAAUGAACCCUCCUCAUAUUUUGCUACUUGUGAAUCAGGAACUGUUUCGUUUGGUGAACGAAUCGUACCGCGUUUUUGCUCACGUACCUGUAGUUUCGCCAUUUCCUCCAUACACAGGAAGUGUGAGGUGGCUGGUUAACGCUAUCAGAAUGUCUGCCAUAUUCAAUUUCCAGAGUCUACUCACUGUCAUCUUGCUGCUUAUCUGCACUUGUGCAUACAUACGAGCCCUAGCACCAAGUCUGCUUGAUAAGAACAAAACAGGGUUUCUUGGAAUAUUCUGGAAAUGUGCAAGAAUAGGUGAACGAAAAAGUCCUUAUGUGGCCUGUUGCUGCAUCAUCAUGGCUUUCACCAUUUUAUUUUCAGAGUAGCUGCAGUCUGAAUAAAACUUUUGAAUUGUAA